CGGGGGAACAACAUAGAGAUGGAGAGGGGUGAGCGUGAACCUCCGCCCGGAGUGGACGUGGAAACGGCAGAUCUGGCAACUCGGAAACAUUCCGGAGCGGAGGAGGGGUCGGCGCGCCGGAGCCGAGCACCGCCCCGGGCACGGUGGAUGAACUUUGUCACAAAUAGCACGGAGCGGCAUUAAGGCUCCGCCACCUCCCGCUGUCACCGGCAGAUCCCUCCCGCUCAGCGCGCCCUGCAAAAUGUACAUCUGGUUCACCGUCCUGGCCGGACUGGCCAUCCUGUCCUUUUCGUUCCUCAAGACACUCUUCCCCUACCUCGGCGAGGACUGCGCGUACAUCCUGAGGAGCGUCCAGCUCGGCAUCAGGCUCGGCAAAUACAAGAAAAAAGCCCCCUUUUACAGCAUCCUGGACCGCUUCUUGGAUGCGGCGAGGCGGCAUCCCGGCAAGGUCUUCCUCCACUUCGAGGGCCGUGACUAUUCCUACGGCGAGGUGGACAAGCAGAGCAACAAGGUGGCCCGAGCCCUGCAGGCUGAAGCGGGACUCCAGGAGGGGGACGUGGUCGCCUUGUUUCUCGCCAACGAGCCCGGUUUCGUGUGGAUUUGGCUGGGUCUGGCCAAGCUGGGCUGCCCGGCCGCGCUGCUCAACUUCAACAUCAGGUCCAAGUCCCUGCUGCACUGUUUCUCCUGCUGCGGGGCCAAAGCGAUCAUCGUCUCUCUGGAGUUGCAGGACGCGGUGGUGGAGGUUUUACCGACGCUGAGAGAGCAGGGUAUCAGUGUGUACCUCCUGUCAGACAGCUGCAGUAUCCGGGGCAUCAGCUCUCUGUCUGACAAGAUCUCCCAGGCCUCAGAUCGGCUUCUGUCCCGGGACCUCCGGGCCAACGUCAAUAUCAAGAGCACUGCUCUGUAUAUCUACACGUCAGGCACGACAGGUUUGCCUAAAGCAGCUGUUAUCACCCAUGAGAAGUUGUGGGCUGCCUCCUUCAUCCAGUUGGCAUGUGGAGUCACAGCAGAGGACAUCUUCUACAUCAAUCUGCCUCUGUAUCACAGCGCAGGCUUCCUCAUCGGGAUGAUCGGAGCCAUCGAGAGAGGUAUAACCAUUAUUCUGAGGAGGAAGUUCUCUGCCUCUCAGUUCUGGGACGACUGCAGGAAAUAUAAUGUGACAGUGAUACAGUACAUUGGUGAAACGAUGCGUUACCUCUGCAACAUGCCCAAGAAAGACAAUGAGAAGAACCACAAAGUGAGGAUCGCCAUAGGCAACGGAGCCCGGACAGACAUUUGGUCGGAGUUUCUGAAUCGCUUCGGUGACAUUAAAGUCAAAGAGUUGUACGCUGCCACGGAGGGAAACAUCGGCUUCAUAAACUACACGUCCAAAGUCGGUGCAGUGGGGCGAAUCAAUUUUGUCCACAGGUUUUUCUUCCCCUACACUUUGAUCAAGUUUGACAUUGAGAAGGAGGAGCCUGUUAGAAACUCUGAGGGUCUGUGCAUCGAAGCAGCCCGAGGUGAGACGGGACUUUUGGUGGGAAGGAUAACUCAGAGGACCCCCUUUGUUGGGUACGCUGGUAACCAGCAACAGACCGAGAAGAAGAGGCUUCGCAAUGUAUUGAAAAAAGGCGACCUGUACUUCAACACGGGCGAUUUACUUCGAUUUGACCACGAGAACUUUGUGUACUUCCAGGAUCGCGUUGGUGACACUUUCAGAUGGAAAGGAGAAAACGUCGCCACAGCUGAGGUUGCAGAUAUUCUCACAAUGGCUCAUUGCAUUUUGGAGGCAAACGUCUAUGGUGUUAAAGUUGAAGGGCAUGAGGGGCGGAUUGGCAUGGCAGCUGUCACUUUGAAAGACGGAGAAGAUUUUGACUCUUCGGACACCUACAAGCAGGUUGUCAACUACCUCCCAGUUUACGCGAGACCUCGAUUCAUCAGAAUUCAGUCCUGCCUGGAGAUGACGGGGACAUUCAAGAUGAAGAAAGUGAAGCUGGUGGAGGAGGGAUUCAACCCAGCUCACGUCAAAGACCCUUUAUACUUCCUCGAUUCUGACAAAAAGACUUACGUUCCCCUGACUGAGGAGAUCUACAGAGCAAUAGCUUCUAGGGAAACCAAACUCUAACACAGAAACUUGAAGUAGUCAGUGUUGAGCCAGAAGACCUGUUUUUUUUUUUUAUAAAGAUUUAAUGGCUCACUCGUGGACCUUUUUAAACACAGUCAACUAAUCUCAGGGGCAGACUGACUUUGAAACGUCACAUCAUAUUUAAAGAGACCACUUUCUUUUAAAAAAUUAACACAAGUACUGUUCAUCUCUACAGUUUUGUAAACGUAUUCCAUAAUGCUGCCAGUAUAUGAAUAUCCAGACCGUGUUCCAUUGCAACUCUUGUACUUUUAAUAAUUAAACUCUGAUUAUCUUUUUCCCUUGACUCUAAAUUUAUGAUUAGCCAGAUGAAUUGUGUUAUUUACAUUUUUUUGUUGUUUUAAACCAAAAUUUACAAAAGUCAGCUAUUAUACAGAUUUAAAUUAAACUUA